UUAGGUAUGAAAAAACAGUCUCUGUUAAGCCUUGGUUCUGAGCCACCUGUGAUCGGGGAAGGAGAAGAUUAUUUCCUUUCUUUGUUUGGUGAUUCAAAGAAACUUACUGCAUACCCAGGCCCCUCCAGAACAUCUUACAAACACUUUUCAAUGAUUCUUGAAGAAGUUGGCCAAUCUACAUCCAGUUCUCUUGGAGAUGUUAAAAUAGCCGAAGUGAAUAUCAAGGGUUUGUUUGUAAAGCUCAUUAACUCUUCCCUUGACAAAGAAGUUGGAAUUGGAGAUUACAUUCUCCAGCAAAAUGUGAACGGACAGAGAGUUUCUUUGUACCAAUUCCUUCCAAAUAUUACAAUGCAGGCCAAUUCCACAGUAACAGUGUGGGCUGCAGUAUCUGAAGCAAAGCACGAGCCACCAUCACAUUUUCUCUGGAAGGAACAAAGCAAGUUUAUAACAAGUCCAGAUUGUACGACAAUCCUGUGCAAACCUAAUGGUCAAGCUGUUGCCUGGUAUAUUCCUAUUCACUGGAAGCAAGCCUGGGAAAAAUUAGAGACUGACAUUGAAUUUGACAGAUGCUCAGUGGUCUCUCCAACAUUCCGAGGGCACAUGUUUCACUGGAUAAGAUCUACAAGUGUAGCUCCAGAAAAACAAGAUCAAGCCAAGAAAGAUAUCUUGACAUGUCACCUGAAACAAGAUAACGAUUUUAUUAAGAGAGAAAAGGAAAUUCCACCGAGCCUUUUUCCCAUCCGCAGCCCUUGGUGCCAAAGUCCCUACACCCCUGCCCAUCCCCACAGUCCUCAGAUUGAACUGUGCAACACGGGCCCUGCUGGAAGCAAGGUGGGCAGACAGCCCACGUCUCAGUCAACCAGGCCUGAUACAGCCCCAGGGACCAAGAAAAAGAAGACAUUUAUGUUACAAAAACAAUAUGCAAUUAACUCAAUCUUUAAAGGACAAUAACGUCUGAGUCUAGAGAACACAGGAUGCCUGGCAUGGCACAGCCAGCCUUCGUCACGCAGGAGCGGAAGCCGGCAGCAAACAAGGAAAUGGUUUCUUUUAGAAAAGAUGAUAUUCUUUGGGACUUUAACCACUUCUUGAAGAAGGAUUUAGUAGACAAGUUUAAAGUACUUGUUUUCUAAGCAGUUAAGAAGAAAAUUAUUGGUCAAAAGCAAAACCAGCAUUGUCUUUAUUUUGGUCACACGAGAUGCCACGUGAUUUCCGUUUUGUAUUCUGCCCAGCUGUGAGGUCUCUAGCUUCUGCUAUUUCUGCAGGUGUUUGGGGUCUGUCUUGUUCUCCAGAGUUAGAAUCUGUCACUUUGAACUGUGAAUUAAUUUGGUUUCCUAAGGAAAUGUUGGGUGAAAUUUCUACAGAGUUACUAGUGGGGAAUUUAAAAACCAGCCUACACUUACCUCAAAUUCAGCCAAAAUAGUUUCACCUUCUAACUCGUGAUACUAUGUACAAAAUUCCAUGGACAAAAAUGCCAAAGGAACAAAAUGUUUUCAUUAAAUAAUUUGAUAGAGCUACCUUUUUUAACCAUUCUCCCUCUUUAUUGCCUAGCUAUUUAUCCACACCCAUCAACAGCAUAGAAGUUGAAAAAAUCGAAUAUUUUAAUAAUGUUGACUCUAUUGUAGUGAGAUGGUAUGAUUGCUUCAGAUUCUGAGACGAUAUCCUGCCUAUACCUUGUAGCUCUAUUUAAUUUAUAUAUAUAAUAUAUAUAUUAAACAUGUGUAUAAAUCACAUACAGGAAAAUGGAGUGCAUGGUGUCCUGGAACAUGAGGAGAAGGACAGAAAGAAGAAUGUCUCCCCAAUAUCUGCUUUAGAAAUACAAGGGGUAAAAUAAUCCAAAAAUCUGUUCAUGAUAACCAUGAAUAGAAUUCAUUAAAUUUUGUUGGUUUAUUCUAUCCAAACACCAGGAGCUAAAAAUACAUCAUUUUAAAAAUAUAUGCCCCAGGAUUCAAACCUAUGCUUGUACACCAGUGCUCACAGAGCAUUAGUCACAAGAGCCAAACGGUGGCAACAGCCCAAGUGUCCAUCAACAUAGGAAUCAAUCUUUUAAAUGUGGUAUACAAUACAAUGGAACAUUAUUCAGCCAAAAAAAAAGAAAGAGGUUCAGAUAUGUGCUACAAGAUAGAAAACCUGGAAAACAUUUUGCUAAAUGAAAUAAGACAGAUAAAAAAAGGACAAAUAUUAUAUGAUGUCACUUAUCUCAAUAGGAAAAAUCACAGAAAUGGAAAGUAUAAUAGAGUUUACCGGGGGCUGGGCUUGGGAAAGGGGAAUAGGAAAUUGUUUUAUGCAUACAGGGUCUCUAUGUAGGAAGAUGAAAAUAGUGCUGGAAAUGGAUGAUGGUGGUGGUUGCACAACAUUGUGAAUGUAAUUGAUGCCACUUAAUUGUACACUUUAAAAUUAUUUAAAUGGUUUUAAAAAUACCUCUACUAAAUUGUGACUGAUAUUUCCAAGGUGGGAAAAGAUCAUAUUCCAGUUUUAAUUAUCUCAGAAGACAUCCAUUGCUUGACAAAA